AUGGCAAAGGGUAAUGUUGAAAAUUAUGUAGGCUCGGCAUUGUGGGACUUCAAUCUCCCAAGGGCUGCCCCUACUUGCUGGGUUCCCCCUCCUCAUGGCUUUCAUAAAAUAAAUGUAGAUGGGGCGUCUUCUGAAUUGGAAAAUUCUUCUAGCAUCAGUGUUGUCAUUAGAGAUAGCUUUGGCAAAGUUGUAGUUGCCCUCAGCAAGCCUCUCCAAGUUUGUUUUACUGCUGAACUUUCGGAAAUAAUGGCUUUGGAGCAUGGUGUUCUUUUGGCUCAGGAGCUUCAGCUAUCCAGGAUCAUAAUUGAAUCAGAUUCGCAGAACGCUAUUCAAGCAGUCCAAGACAAGGCCACAGGCAGCAGCUAUGGGCACAUUGUGCAGAGUAUUCUUCAAGCUUGUGAAUCCUUUGAGACCUGCAUCUUCAAACAUUUAAGCAGAAACUUCAACUCUGUUGCUCAUGAGCUUGCUCAUUCUGCUAGAAGAACUAGAUCCCAGCACCUUUGGAUUGGAGUCACGCCCCCAUGUGUUGUCUCUGUAUGA